AUGAUUCUGACGGAGUUGCUGAGGCUAAAAGAAUCCAAAUCACCAGGUCCCGAUGAGAUUCCGGCGAAGAUUUUGAAGGAACUCGCCGGUGAGUUGUCUAAGCCACUCUCAAUGCUUUUCCAUACAUCCUUCGAGACCGGAUAUCUGCCACCCGACUGGAAGUCGGCGUGGAUUACGCCGCUGUACAAGGGCGGAAGUCGGGUCUCUGCGAACAAUUACAGACCGGUCAGCCUCACCUCCAUUUGCUGUAAGAUUAUGGAGAAGAUAAUAAAGCAGCAACUAAUGCAGUUCCUUGAACAAAACCAUUUGCUUUCCGAUUCUCAGCAUGGAUUCCGAAAAGGCAGAUCCUGUGUGACAAACCUGCUCUACUGUCUGGAACACUGGACUAGGGCUGUUGAUAGAAGAGAUAUGGUGCAUGCCAUCUAUAUCGACUUUAAAAAGGCCUUCGAUAGUGUGCCUCACCACCGCCUUCUAUACAAACUGAGCCGUGCAGGAGUGCGAGGUAAGCUUCUGAUGUGGAUUCGGAGCUUUUUAAUCGGCCGCUCUCAAGCCGUCCACGUCGGUGACCAACAAUCUGCCGAGGUUGCCGUUAAGAGUGGUGUUCCCCAAGGCUCUGUUCUUGGCCCUACACUGUUCCUCGUAUACGUCAAUGACUGCGCAAACGAACUGAAUUGCGAUGUCGCAAUGUUUGCCGAUGACAUAAAGAUCUGGACUACCAUACGAAACGAAGUUGACGAGGCGCGACUGCAGACAAGUCUGGACCACCUCGAGCAAUGGUCGAAAGACUGGCUUCUACCGUUCAACGUAAACAAGUGUACUUUCCUACGCGUCGGCAGAACCAGUUAUCCUAACCACACGGUCUACCGUCUGACUGGCAAACCACUGCAAGAAGUCGACGCCCAGAAGGACUUGGGUGUAUGGAUCACAACCUCGCUUAAGCCUUCGCUGCAAUGCUCAAAGGUGGCCAAGUCGGCGAUGUCCAUGCUAUACCUUGUCAAACGGGCGUUCUCCUCCUUUGAUGAAGACUGCUUUGCCAAGGUCUUUCAAACUUUUGUGCGACCGCAUCUGGAGUUUGCUAUCCAAGCAUGGCGACCCUGGACCGCUAAAGACUUGGGCAUACUCGAAAAAGUUCAACGGCGAGCAACGAAACUUGUAUCUGGGCAGUGGUCACUACCCUACGAAACGCGAUUAGCUAAUCUUGACCUCUUUCCUUUGAGUUACAGACAGCUACGUGGGGACCUGAAACAAGCUUUCCGCAUCGUGCGCAAUCAGGGCUGCUGCCUCGCGUUUGGAGACUUCUUCGAGUUGGCGACUACGACUAACCUGAGAGGCCAUCCACUCAAACUGCGUGUGGCUGGCGCCCGGCUAGACACCCGAAAGUUCUUCUUCUCAAACAGAGUUGUUGCAGCUUGGAAUGCCUUGCCUGAGGAUGUUGUUAUGUCAGGCUCGGUAGAUACUUUUAAAUGGAGACUAGAUCAGCAUUGUAUCGCGCACCAGAAUAACGCCGGACUACGGCCACCCUGACAGCCGACGCGGACAAUUUAGUGUUAUAACGAUGCUACUACCAACAUUUAAGUAAUAUAUGUUUAUGUUAUUUAUUAAGCACGGGCCGCGUCGCACACCGCUGUUCGCAUUCACCACGUUGCCUGUAGACUAAACAAUUUUACUUCUUUUCCCGUGUCUUAAGUGUGCCUCAACUGUCCGCUGUAUUUUGACCAACAAAGCAAGUUAAUGUGCCUCUAAACUCUGUUAAAGCAUGACAUUCUGUGUUCAUCUGUACAGUUUUUGCUAUUCCCCUCGCAUUUCUUUUAUGUUACUUCCUUUCCAUUUCCUCCAUAUAUAUCCUCUGCAUGUAACCAAUAGGGAUUUCAAAGGUACACACCUACUUUCCCUGAAAUAUACUGAUACUGAUACUGAGGACCAAGCAAAUCCUAGUUUAUUUUGUGGUGCACUUACAAGCAUACUAUUUCAGACAGACACGCUGGUAGUAUGCGGCAUUCCACAUUAAACGUGGUGGUUUCGUAAGUAUGUAAUUUGUCUAGCGGAUUCGGAAAUGGAACUGAGCUUUAGCAGCAACAAAACCCGUAGUCGAGACACGUUAGGGGCCGCGAAAACCCGGGGAACCUGUCGUACAAGCGUGGUGAGCAGCGUCGAGCGGUGGAAUUGAGACGACGAAUUGGCGACGUAUGAGGCCAAGCUAUAUGGCAUUAAGCUGCCGAAAUGGACUAUCUGGGCAGAGUCUAGGACGGCAUGUUAUCGGAAGACGUUAGACGAUGGGAUGGCACUGACGAUGAGCGUGGUGGUCUGGGACCUCUACGGUACCUCUAACCUGUUGAUCUCCGCUCGGUCGCGUCUCAUGUCUUUAAAACAUGAUUAAUAAUGCCGGCACCAGACGUAAUGCACACAUAGACGAGCCCUUUAAUUCUGUCAACAACUGCGUCCUGGUGCCCCUUUGGUCGGGUCCGAUGGACGAGUGAGGAGAGAUGAGAGCAGGUGCUUCGCAAUUCUGAUAUAACGGACUUAUCCUCAAUCUCUACCGCACACGGUAAAUAUCGUCCAACGGAGCACCGGAGUCUUUGUAGCAUAAAGUGGUCCACAGGCAAGGACCACAUUUCGGUGCUGUGUUUUGGAUGUGUUUGCCUUCCUCUUUGGUCUCGAUGCCAGCUUGUGUUAGUAACUUUGCAGAUCCAGAUUUCCAGUAGGUGUGCUUACUCAGGAAGUUUUGACUGAGAUUUUGGGAUUGCGUUUUAUACUCAAAUAAAUACUGCAGUAGGAUUGUGAUAUCGAUCACCGCGCAACAUUUUCCAAUAAGAAUUCGUUUCACAUAUCGUGUCUUCGAGAGAAGAAUAUAAUGCGGUUACAAAAAUAGUUUCUAAAUAUGAUAUAUUUAAAACCGUGAAACGUUCGUUCAUGAUACGUGGUGUCUUUUUAUUCACUAAUGUAGCUUUUAAAGUUUCUAACCUGGCUCAAAUCCACUGAUGAAUUUUAUGAACACUUAUGCCUUCUGCUCCUGAUAACGUAUAGAAAUAUAGUUGUACGCAUACGACAUGUAUAAAAGUUGUAUUCUGCAAACCCUGAAUGCAAUCGUAACGGCAAAUCGAGUUCACAUUUCUCCGAGGAUUGAUGAGGUUUCUCAAAACCGAAUGACACCCUCAAUUGAAGUAUACAUUUUUAAGUAGACGUACUAUUAUAAAUUAUUUCUAACCCAAUACGUAAAAGAAUAAACAUUAUUUGCAUGUUAUUCAAAAAUAAAUUUGCAUUUAAAAUUACAUUGAAAAUCAAUGAGAGAAUGUCAUAUUACAUGCGUAGUCCUUUUCUAAAGAGUGCAACAUUUGCAGGUGGACAAGAAAAAAUUCUUUGAAAUGUUGGCAAUUUAUAUUGGACUAUUCUGCACGGCGGUUAAUAUUACAGACUCGCUUAUGUCACCAUUUGCAGUCGAAAAGACAUUUCAGAAUAUCGGUUAACAUUUCAUGAGCUAGCACAACUACUGCAGGGGAUUAUUCCGAAUGCGAGUUCUUCCGAGAACCGAACUACAGAGAUAAGCAGCGGAUGAAGAAAACCGUCUAAAUCAUCUUGGUGUGGGCUGAGUUCAGCACCUACUAAUCGCAAAUGAGUAAUUUUAUUGUCACUAUAUACUUCUUUCUCCUACUCUCAUCCAUCGUUGUUAGCUCUCCUCCUCUUUGCUCGUCGUUGCUGUUGGCUGAUCAAUGACUUUCGCUGUCUAUGGAAAUUCUGGCAAGGUUUUCUCUGCAGGCGAUAUAGCGACGUAGGCGGCUGUUCCAAGCGAUGUGCCGACGGGUCGUAUGUUUCCUCGAGGUGAUCAGACUCAUACUCAUUACCAUAAAUACUGCGUCUUCAUUGCCAGUAUGAUGUUGUAAAACUGAAUAAGACCUGAUCUGUAAAAUGCCUGAACUUGCAGGCGGUUCACCAUUUCGGCAAAUUCAUCAACAAUUAUCAGAUGCAAGUUUACAGUAGCUGGGCUAACUCAUGAAAUGUCACCCGAAACUCCCAAAUACCAUUUCCUUUUGAAAAAAUUAAGUUGGCCGGGUUGUAAAAUAAAUCAUCAUACAGCAUAAUUCUGUACUAAUUCAGUUACCCCAGGACGGCAGCUUUCGAAAAAAAACUUCCUUUCAGCUGCAUUUCAAAACCAUACUCCAAGAAAAAUGGACAUAUAUAAAGCACAUUAAUAGCAAACUUUCUGCAUUUUGAAUGUCCUUAAAGAUUCAAUUAUUUUCAUGGAAUACAUGCCCAUUUUUAACAAAACGCGUCCAUUUCAGGUACUCAUGAGGCCGCCAUUUUCGGAGAAAGGAUUUGCCGUCAAGAAAGAGGCUGAAAUGUGUGAAACGCACAUUUGCCCCACUAAAAACAAUAACGUGCAAGUUUCAAAUGUUGGUUGUUAUAUCUUUAGGUGGAACAAUCAAAGAACGGCCUUCAAAAUUAAUGGCACUAUUCUUCUACUAGUCGAAGCAUCGCCGCCUAAUUUAAUACGUCACCCACCAGACCCAUUCAAUAUCUGAGAUUUCAGGUGUGUAGAUAUUGUUGCCGAGCUACAAAUCAGUGCAUAAACAGUUCGUGGAUAUUGAUUGUGUGUGGUAGACUAUGAAGGAUACAGGUCGAUUAUUUUUUCCAUCAAUAUGCGAGCUGUUCAGCUUCUGUCGCCUUCCCUCCUGGACUCGCUGGUGCUAUGAAUGCAGUAGGACUGGAGGAAGGUGGGGGGUCGCUAGUGUGUAGCGGUUGCCAGAAUUAAAGAGCCCGUCUCGUGUGUCACACACCAGGUACGCCUGCGCACACUACGAAUCAUGUUCCCAUAGACAUCAGGGGCGACUGCGCGGAUAUCAACGGAGACGAGGUAGCUUAAGUGAGAGCCAUUGCAACCUGACUGUCUGCCUGCGCUGGGUGGAACACUGUACCUGUCAUCUGACAUCAUUCGAAGCCGUCGUCGUGAUAUUUUUGAACUUGCCAGAAUUUUUCUCAUGUGAUAUGCGCUGGGAGGGCAGUGAGCGUGCAUUCUUGCACACAUUCUCCUCCCUCUCACGGUUGGUCGAGUUCAAAAUUCUACAAGGACUGGUGACGUUUCUCAAAACCGAAUUAUAUCCUCAAUUGAAGUAUAAAUUUCAAAUUAGGCCAUAUAUUGCAAUAGUAGUCAACUAUCGCCCUGAUUGUGAGCCCUCCGCAGGUACCUUUUUAAUUCACGAAGGCAAAAUCUGUACAAAAUGACUAUUUACGUAGUCUGCCCUUUUUUGUGGUUGGUUUUCGAUGCCCUUUCAUAAUAUACUAUAUUUCCCGAAAACGUACAUCAAAAUAGUCAUUUGUUUUUUCAUUCGUAGCAAAUUACAUCUGUUAUACUCGAAGGAAGAGUUUAAUUCGGUUUUAACAACUUGUCUACUUCACGAAUAAUUUUGAUAUCGACCUGCCCUAAACUUGCAUUUAGGGUUUCCGAACUACAAGCCGAAUGUUUUCCCUGAACAGAGAUCUAUAUAUAUCUCCACUAUAUUAUUACGAGAUCAAAUGCGUUUCACAAUAUUAAGCAGUAUAUAAGCCAUAUUGUUAACAUUACAAGCCAAAUUGGUAAAGGCAGACACAUGACGUUUUAUAAACGGCAUUAAAAAAUCUCAUAAUUAGAUACUUAUAUAUAAAAAAGUAUACGCCUGCUUCGAGUACACAAAUGAAAGUCGACAUAUUUUUUUUCUAAAUGAGCAAAAUAAUGAAUAGAUUUAUACAUGCUUUCAUGAGAUAUACUUGAAUCAUUAAGGGCGUCGAAAAGCGAUGACAAAAUCAUGCUUAUGGGGUAUGGUCCUUGCUCGCAAACGAAAACAAUUUCUAUAAAUGCCGGCGUCCUGAGUAACUUUAUUAUUAUAGAAUUAUGCCGCACGAUGAUUCGUUUUACAAUACCGUUUCAUUUUGUCUUUUCGAAACGGAAACGCAUUUGGGACUUUCGGUUGACAUUUCAUGAGCUAGACCACCUACUGUACUCUCUACUAUGGGGGCUGCCGGGAUAUGCACGUCAAUUAUCUGGCAUGGCUAACUGAUUUUCAGUAGUUCUAAAUGGGGCCUGUCACGGUGAGUUAGAGUGUAUUUCAACACGGCAAAUCUGAUCCGCGAGAUACAGUCAUGACCGGACAUUCAGAUUGACUCUUUGUCAUUGCUGUCCGGCCAUCAAUUGAAUUUCGGACCUCGGACGAAAACUCAGUCAGUCGAUUUAUCUAUCGGACACUGGCGUAAUGUGUUUUGCUCAGUCACCUCCAGGGGUAUAUCAACGGUCAAUGAUUCGUCCGGACCUCCAAUGAGUGUCGGUCGUUAUUUUGUCCAUUCUGUCUCUUACCAUGGGCUCCUACACGAUGUUCAAAGCCCAGAACAAUAAACAAGCUGGCUCGGCUAGACUUCCUUUGUGAUUAUGCACUGCUCUUUAUCAACUUAAUGCACAUAUGCUCAUCUCAAGCCUUCUCAUGACUGUUAGUUGUAGGAUAAAUAUUGGCAGCAGCAUUUGUCCCAUACUUAGCCUGCGCAUGCACUGUCCACAUACUCUCACGAAACAGACCUCCUUCUUUAUCAAAACUGCAAUUUUCGCUGAAAAACCUAAGGUACAGCAUACAAAUUCCUUAUUAAUUCAGAAACAAGCGCAUCCUUUGAGAUAAAACAUUCGGACCAUCGAUUGUGCUUAUGUAAUCAUUAAGGCACUCCAGGUUGAGUCAGUUUUAGACUGGUUCUUCCAUUCGUCACCUAUUUCUGCAUUCACAAAAUCGGCUAUUGUAAUCGUACACAUCUGGAAUCACCACUAAUGGCGUAAGUUCGGCGUAACCGCCUGCCUCGGCUGCCGUGCCAGGAUCGUCGAAAUUCUGGCAAUUCGACGUCACUUAAACGAGCUGGCAUCAGGGCCAAAAUAGACAAAUCACACGCAUUUCAUCAAAGGAGACGGUGAGUCGCUGCGAAGGCACAUACGGCUGUGGAGGAGUCUCCGCUAGAACGAUCCAAGUGUACUGCUGACACAGGUUUCGCAGUUAGAAAUCCUAGUGAUAAUCAACGAAUAAAUGACUGCUACAUCAAAUGUGAUUCAAAAAGUAUUUUUUGCUGCCAUGCGCAAGAUGUCCCCAUAUGAGGCAGGUAUGGAUGCUGGAAAAGUGAGUAUGCGUGGCUUCUCUGUAUGUCCGCAGUAAGCCGUGGUUUAGUAAGUAACCGCCGAACUGGGCAUUUUGUGUGUGAAGCCGAAAGGGUAAGCUGGUUUACGAGGUAACAUGAUAGGACUGAGUUAUCUGGUCCCCCUAAAGUGGGCACGGCAAUUGCAACGCCCCGCCCGAUUAAUAAAGAUUGACCUCCGCAUAAUUCCGGAACGAGUUAAAUUAUCCCCUUUUCAUAAUAAUGACUCGCACAUAUAACUAAACCGUUGCUAUAAUCUUGACUCUUACGCUACUCCAUAUACUUACAUCAACAGUUAUCUGGUCCCCCUAAAAUGGAAAUUGGAAUUGAAACACCUCGCCCGAUUAAUAAAGCUUGCCAUCCGCAUAAUUCCGGAAAGAGCUAACUUAUUCCUUUACCCAAAAACGACGCGCACAAUAAACUUACCGUUGCUAUAAUCUUGACUCAUAAUCUACCCCAUAAACUUAAAUCUACGGUUAACAGAUGCUCCUACUCUAGCCCUAAACUUGAUAUAGACUCACCCGCCAUGCACUUUAAAAUUUGUCUCAAACAUAAUCCUUAACCUAAUUUUAACCAUAAUAUUAAACCUAACUCUAAUCUAAUCUACUCUAAGUCCUUCCCGAACCAUCUAAAAACUUGCUGAUAACAAUUGGCUGUUGGGAUUUUUAAAAACCAAACACAAUAGCACGACAAAUAUAUAUUGCUCGAAUGAGAACUCCUUUUACACAUUAGGAGGGGUGGAUGCUGGGUUAGAUUUUGGUGUCAGAUAUAGGGGGUUAUGAUUAGAAGAAAGGAUUAAUGGUUAGGGUGUGGAGGUCAAGGAUGUGAUUUAGGAGUUAGGUUAAGGGGUUAUAGAAAGAAGUUUGGAUAAGAGGAUAGGGCAUUCACAAUAGCUUUUCUUUUGCAUUCAAAUAUUUGUUAAAUCUGCCGAAAUGGUGGACUGUUUUUGAUUCAGGUAGUAUUUACGCGCACACAGCCAAUGGACUUCAUUCAAGAUGCAGUGCCCGCCCUGUGGGCAAUGAAGUUGGGGAACCGCGAAUAAACUAGCGUACACUUGUGCACAGCUCCGCAAUGGGGGACUCAAAAUCAAUGUUUGGGAUGAUCUGUGAGAACCUAGUUCUAAAAGCUGUUUUUGUGUUUUUUUCAAUCUUUAUCCAGCAGGACUCAAUUGAGCUCACAGGCAAAGCGGCGCCGAAAGAAAGACAACAUAUUGAUCGACCUUAAACUUUUCAUUCAAAAUUUUCAGCAGUUCGGCCCCGGCAUUUCGACGGUGAGGGAUAUAGAACAACUUAACCAGAUCAAACAAGGCUCCACCUCAGAAACCAUGCUAAAUUUAUGAGCACAGGAAAACCAGAGAAUGUCACUAAUAUAAGGCCUGGGGGUUUUGUUGCUUCUCAGUCUGUUUUUCAUAUGGUCCAUACUUUGCGACUUAUUCUUACAGGAUCACCCGCUAUACCACCUGCGAGGUCCAGGUAUUUAGGCCUCACUUUCAAAAGUCUCCGUGGCUUUACUGAUUAAUUUUUUGCUGCUCAGUGCACAUGUCAACAGUCCUCCGCCGUGAGUGCGACAGUCGACCCAGCAGUAGGUCAUUAAACACAACGAGCAUAAAUCCGCAGCUGCAAGACUCCUUCCUUAAUGACGGCCGUUCAAUCACGCUAAUUGGAAAGUAAUGUGUUGUUGAAUGAGCUACCGAAGCUCUGCGACAUAGAUGAACUAACGAUUAUAGUCGUACAUCUAAAAAUUACCGACAAAUGAUAUAUUUGAAUGGGCUGUAAUGUAGUGGGCGGUAGUAAGAAAGAAGACUGCCAGGUUGUCAUUGGACAAACUGCAAAGACCAGUGAUCACUCUGUCGUGUAUUUUCCGACUGAGACGUGAUUAAGCCAAUCGUGAAAUCCCAACUGCCGCGAUCAGUGAAUCCGAUGCGGCCGAUAUAUUAGCCAAUGCAAUCCACGUUAUUAUCAGACUCUCUAAAAUGCUUUACUCGGUGGUGCCUUCAAGCGCAAUCUGCUGGUGUUAUGGAAAUCAACUGCUAGAGAUUCCUUUGUGUUAGAAUUUCAUUCUAUGCUGUGCCUUUCCAUAGCGCGGAUAACGGCCAGCUGACUCCGGAUUUCCCUGCUCAUUCCGAAUCAUUACCAAAAGCGGGCAACUACUUACAAAUGUCUUGAUUAUUUCUUAAACCAGUCAAUUCAUGAAUAACAACGCAUAAUCUGCAAUAAUAUGCUGGUAUUCAAAGGGUGAUGUCAUGUGAAUUUGCUGAUCUUGUCAGUUGAUGGUCAGACGCAGAUAAGAACAGGGCACUAUGUGAUAGGCUUUCUGGCAAAGAAUUUCAGUUCUGCUACCAAGGGAAAAGCUCUGCGAGGGAUGCGUGAACGGUGGAUGUGCAUCUUCGGCGGAGGGCGUAUUCGAAGUCCCAACUUUGCAGUGAUGAUACCCACAAAAACGUCUUCAACGGGGAAUAAUCUCGUGAAGGCUGCAGCGAUAGAGAAUUUAGAAAUCAGAUCUGCGCCGAUGAUAUAGCAGGGACCUGCUGCGUAUUGGGGAUAUUUUGGGAAAGGGAAUGCCUUCCGCUCUGUCAUCCACUUAGAAUCAUUUGAACGCCUCACCGAGCUUCUGGCCUUAAUGUUGCCGAAGAUACCUCGGCGGACUCCCGAAAAGAGAAGGUUUGAGAAGAAUCGGCACAGUUUUUCAGGUAUUCAAUCGAAUCGCACAUCCAAGGUCAACUGUUGGGUGGAGUUGAUUUAGACAUUGCUUGCGUUCGAAUCAUGAUAUCUGCGCAGUUACCUGGUCAGAAUGCUCAUCAUUGUCGGUGAGUGUUUGGUUCAAUUUAACAGUUUAAAAUCGAUCAUGGGAUGAGGAGUUCUGGUACGCAGUAGCAGGCGUGCUGGUUUGUCCGUCAUAAGCUCGAGGUCAACGCAUUUGUGUAUAACUUUUUCAUACUACUGUCUACGUCCCAGUGGCAUUUGGGUUGAUGUCGAUCGAAAAUGACAUAGUGGGCAGUGAUUGUCAACUUCAUCUGCACUCAGUUUAGCCAUGCUCGCUUUGCGUACAUUGCCGCAAUCGCACGAUUUGUUUACUUUAGUUGCGAAAUAACCUCUAAAAAAGCGUACCUGUAAGCAUACACUAACAAAAAUAUCUAAGGCUUGCUAACCUGAGUUGACGGUUUAAGCACAGCACAAUCACACAUUUUGACUGUGUAUAUUGUCAUGAGCGAUUUAACGAUAUCUGGUCAUCCGACAUCCUUUGCAUUUUCAGAAACCAAUCAACAACCCCAACAUCUCCAUUGUCUACAGCAGCAAAUCCCUUUGUGAUUCAGGAACCGCCAAUUCCCACUGGACAAUGAUGAUCGUGAAGAGCGCCGUCACAAACUACGUCAGGCGCCGUCAGUUGCACGAAGUCAUUCGGCGACAGGCUGCCAAACUCGGAGUCAAGGUGGGGGUCCUCUUCAGUCUUGGCCUUCCCACAAACGGUCAAAUACCCCCCAAACUCUUCAAAGAAGUCGCGCAAUUCAAUGACAUCCUGCUAACCAGCUACACCGACAUCUACCGCAAUCUCACCCUCAAGACGGUCUCCAAUCUGCGCUUUGUUCCCCACCACUGUCAACAGAACAGUCUUUUCUUUGUCUUCAUUGAUUAUAAUUAUGGAAUCAAUCUGAAACAGUUGCGUCAAUUCUUCUCAAAUGUGUCACUCGUGGAAGUCCGCAGAAGCGUCUUCGGUUUUAUUAACUAUAACAAACGGGUGAUCCGUGAUGCUGAACAUAAAUGGUUCACCUCGACGUCGGACUACCCGUUUCCACAUUAUCCUAAUUACCCCAUGGGUUAUUGCUAUAUCAUCGGCGCCGAUAUCAUACAAAAUUUCUCGAUCGCUGCUGCCUUCACGCGCCUCAUGACCAAUGAGGACGUCUACGUGGGCAUGAUGUUUAUGAAGCUGGGUGACCCUAUUCAGCCCCUACCCAAUGUGUGCAUCCACCGUUCGAACUUUCCUCGAAACCUUUCCCCCUUGGUAGAAGAUAUGAAAUUUCUUGUCAGAGUUUUGUCCUCUUUUUUGGGGAGGUAA